AUGGUAGCUGACGGUUAUUCUCAGAGCGCACAGAAAGAUUCCACCAAGCCUUUGCUUGUACUGACGGCACCCCCGGUGAUGGGCCACACAACACCUCUCCUUCGUCUUUCUAAGGCGUUAGUCAAGAGAGGUUUCCAAAUCCUCUUCAUGUCCGCUCUGGAAUUCAAGAACGCCAUCGAGAAGACCGGGGCCGAAUUCUACGAGUCCAAAACACCUUUCGCCGACCCUUCAUAUCUAGGUUCCCGACAUAAGUUGCCGCCAGGUCUGCCCACUCUAAUGGCCGAUAUGGAAAACAUGUUCAUCAAGCAAAUGGCACCACGAAGUUUAGAACUUCGUUCGCUGCUUGAACUGAUCCGGGAGCGAGAGCCCUCUCGGAAAGUUGUAUUGAUAACCGAGACCAUGUCUCUGGCCCCGCUUCCCUUUAUAUUUGGCGCGCCAUUGCCGAAGGGAUAUACCAAGUUUCCAAAGACCAUCAACAUCAACACAGUUCCCAUAAUGCUUCUGAGUGUUGACACUGGGAUCACGGGACCAUGUCUGCCGCCCGAUUCUACCGAUUCAGGCCGCGCAAGGAACAAAAUCAUAAACGAAAUGCUAGUGAGAGGCCCAUUCGGGGGGACCGACAAGGUCUUUCAUCAAACUUUGAAAGAGCUUGGAUGCACGUCGUUGCCUAAAGUGUUCUUCCAGAAUGCCUGGCUGGAUUCGUACGACACCACAUUUCAGCUGUGUGUCCCCAGCCUCGAAUACCCGCGAUCUGACCUUCACCUUUCGAUUCGUUUCUGUGGAGCUCUUCCAAAAGGGGAGAUCGAUCCAAACUUCCAGUAUCCCUCCUGGUGGUCUGAGAUUCAAUCGAAUGCCGUGCUGCCUGCAGACAGCCGAAAGAAGGUCGUUGCCGUUGCGCAGGGCACGGUCGCCCUUGACUAUGCAGAUUUGAUCCUUCCAACACUGAAGGGCCUUGCCGAACGGCCAGACGUCAUUGUAGUUUGUAUUCUGGGAGUCAGAGGUGCUACGAUCCACGGAGAAAACGGGUUCGAAGUCCCAGCCAACGCCCGAGUGGUCGACUUUCUACCAUAUGACUCCAUACUUGAGUAUGCCGACAUAUUCAUUACAAACGGGGGAUACGGUGGCCUGGCCCAUGGUGUGUUGAAUGGUGUGCCCAUGAUUUUAGCUGGCACUAGCGAGGACAAGGCCGAGGUGUGUGCGAGAGGUGCUUACGCUGGGUUUGCAAUCAAUUUGAAGGUACAAAGGCCCACGGGUGAACAGAUCUUGGAAGCAAGCAACAAGAUCUUCACGGACCCAGCCUUCAAGCAUACCGCAUUGAGACUUAUGCAGGAUAACGAGGAUUUGGACGCUAUCUCUAUAAUCGAGCGGCAGAUCCUGAAGCACGCGAACACAGUUUGA